CUUCCGGAGCUUCGCGGUAUCCCGACCGGUCCAUAGUUGGUGUGGCUUUUGGAGGCCCAAAUUCACUGGUGCAUACACACACGGCGGCGGCGCACGUUUUCGGGACGGCCGUUUUGCUGCAGCAGUUUCGCUCACCGUGUUCUGAUCGAUCAGGCCCGUUUCCAUCGCAGUGUGCUGUGAAACGAAAAAAUUACCUUUUAAUCAGAAUUCACCCGGCCAUAAAGAUCUUUUAGUUUGGUUUUAUUUUCCACCAGAGUCAUGGUUACCAAAAUAUGGAGCAGCUGCAUGCCCAAGCCAAGCAGCUCACCAAACCGCGUCGAACGGCAUCACUUCUAUCUGUGUCAGUGGCAAAGCAGCACGCAGGUCGGAAUAUGCUACCUUAUGUACCGACUGAUAGUGGCCAUCGUGUUCCUGGCGAUGCUCGUCUGCUCGGUGCUGGAUAUCGGCCGCUCGGAGCCCAUGUACGAGCACCACUACGCCAAAUGGUGGAUCUACCUGACGCACUGGGCGCUGCUGGCGUGCACCGUACAGGCCUGGCUGGCGGCCAUCAUCGUCACCAAGGGUCUGAUGAUUGAUCGGAACGAGUUCGAGUGGAACAUCCACGUCGCUAGAGAAAGCCGCCUCCAUUCGGUCUACUGGAUUGCGUACACGAUUGCGACCGUCUACUCGUUCAUCGUUACCAUCGUCUACUGGACCUUCGUGUACGAUCCAAGCAAAAACCGGGUCGAUGCCGUCAAUCUCAUGGUGCACGUGCUCAACUCCAUCAUUAUGCUAAUUGAUCUGACCAUCGUGGGCCAUCCGAUCAAGCUGAACCACGCGUACUGGACGACCGGCAUCGGCGUGGGCUAUACGCUGUUCUCCAUCAUCUACUACUUGGCCGGCGGCACGGAUAGGCACAACGAUUCCAGCAUCUACAAAAUGCUCGACUGGACCAAGCCGGGCAAAUCGAUCGUCAUCUGUGCGCUCGGCGUGUUCGCCGUGUUUCUGAUGCACUUCCUCUGCUACUGCCUGUACUGUCUGCGGGUGUGGCUGUACGCGCGCGUCUGCGUCCAGGGCAACAACAGCAAGACGAGCAGCAACGAGAAGAUCACCUCCAUCACGCGAACGCUCUCGUCGAUGGAGGAAGCGCAGAGGGAAAACUUCCUCAACCCGACCGCCGUGGUGGACCUGAAGUGAACGGGGGGCGGCGGUGGCGGUGGCCGAUGCGAGGGCGGUGGUAGCGGUGGACUGCGCACAGGAGGCCACCAUUCCCACGGCACUCGCCAGCAUCCCCCGUGAGAUCCGCGUCCACCGAGGCGCGUGCCACGUGCACGCCCUUUCCGAUUCCGUUCCUUCAGUCUAACCUUUCGAAUUUCCCUUCGCACCGGCCCUUUCUCUCUAUCGCACACAAACACACACGACACACGACACACCCAGACCCGCACUCUGUCACUCCAUUUUUAUAUCUCUCUUCCUCUGCGCGUCUCUCUAUCUCUCUGCUCCGAGCACACGUGUUUGCAAAAACGUUUGCCAAACGUUCGUAGAAAGUAUUGUCGCUUCGAAUUUGGUUCCACCGGGACGGAGCGGAAAUUGCAUUGCGCUCGUUAUUUUAUGCCGUUCCCGUCUCCCUACCACUCGUGCUCGUGCGCACCCUCUUUCCCCUCCGCCCCCGUAAACUAACUGGUAAAAAAAGGAACGCCUUUGAUGGACGUGUUGGACAUGCUGCUGGUGCUGCACUUUAGUCGACCAAUAUAUAAUCCCCCCAGAGUUAACAUGCGCACUGAACCGGCGAACCUGUAGGAUGUCCGGGCGGGUUGUUCUGUCUUCUGUUCAUUGGGUGGCCACCACCUUCGAUAUUCCCGUCGCCAAUAUAUGUGGAAAGGUGUGCGCAUUGUAUACCUAGAGAGAGAGGGAGAGAGAGAGAUCAACUAGAAGCAUACUUUUGGCAUAUCACGUAUGACGUGACCAUUGUGUAACGCUGCAUAUCGCUCACGAUAUUGCUCGUUGAGCCUCUUUAAUCUCACAGAAAAAAGAGAAGAAGCACUAUUUUAAAAAAAAUGAAGCCACAUACGGAGAAAAAUAAUCUUAAUAAUUGCCAAAGCAUUCCAGUAGCGAUUCGAUCCCUCUUAGCCCAUUCCUGUUUCCUCUCGCUCAAAAAAAAAUAAUAAUAAUGGAAACGGGCUGGUAUAGAACAUACGUACAGCUUGCGUAUCAUAAGAAGAUUUCAAUACUCGC